AUGGGUGCCUCUGGCAGCGGGAAGACGUCUAUGCGGUCCAUGAUAUUCUCUAACAAUCCGGCAUCCCUUACCUCUCGCCUUGGAGUCACCAUGGACGUCGAGCAAAACCAUGUCCGCUUCCUCGGAGACCUCACCCUCAACCUGUGGGACUGCGGUGGUCAAGACGGCUUCAUGGACUCAUACCUCUCCGCACAACGCCCCACCAUAUUCUCGCAUGUCGGCGUGCUCAUCUACGUGUUUGACGUUGCCGCUCUGACGAAAGAGACUGAUGCCGAGCGCAAAUCCCGAGAGAAGGAUCUGGAGUACUAUCGUGAUUGUCUCGAUGCGUUGGCCAAAUACAGCCCGGAAGCCAACGUCUUCCUGUUGAUACACAAGAUGGAUCUUGUGAGAGGCGAUCGCAAGAAGAUUCUCGAGAAACAGAAGGCGAUGCUCCUGGGGCAAAAAGGCGAGCGACAAAAGGUGGAUUUCGAUAUACAGGUGUUUGGAACGACAAUACACGACGAAAGCUUGUAUAGGGCAUGGUCCCGGAUAGUGCACGCUCUCAUUCCCAACGCUGCAGUCCUGUCCAAGCAUCUCACCACAUUCGCGGAAGCCUGCAGUGCAACUGAAGUCAUUCUCUUCGAGCGCACGACGUUCCUGGUCAUCGCAACGUCCGCCAUUCUCCCUCCAGUCGCCGGAGCCUCCUCCGGUACUCAGGACUCCCCUAGAUUGGAAGACAGCACGGAGGAUCCACACGGUGACGCUCUCGAUCCCACACGAUACGAACGAACCUCGGAGUUGAUCAAAGCCUUCAAACACUCGUGCGCAAGGGUGAGAGAGGAGUUCCGCUCCCUUGAGCUCGAGUUUCCGGAAUGUACUGCGGUGCUGGACGAGUUGACGAAGAAUAUGUAUGUGCUUAUAAUCGUGCACGAUCCAACAAUUGAAACUGCAGCAUUGAAGAUGAACAUUCAGCUUGCCAGAAGGAAGUUUGAGGAGUUGCAAGGUGAUACGCUCGUAUGA